UUUACGACAACCAAACCCGACAGCCAAGUACGCAACAAACCUCCCAUCCCCUAUCCCUGACUCACAUUCUCUGACCUGUCGCUGCAGAGAAAUCCGUCAAGAUGGUCAAGAAGAGGGCGAACAACGGUCGUAACAAGAACGGCCGCGGCCACGUCAAGCCCGUGCGCUGCUCCAACUGCGCUCGCUGCACCCCCAAGGACAAGGCCAUCAAGAGAUUCACCAUCCGCAACAUGGUUGAGUCCGCUGCCAUCCGUGAUAUCUCGGACGCUUCCGUCUUCACCGACUACGCCGUCCCCAAGAUGUACCUGAAGCUGCAGUACUGUGUCUCCUGCGCCAUCCACGGCAAGAUCGUUCGUGUCCGUUCCCGCGAAGGUCGCCGCAACCGUGCUCCCCCUCCUCGUAUCAGGUACAACAAGGAUGGCAAGAAGCUGAACCCCCCUCAGGCCGCCAAGGCUAUGUAAGGAAGGAAUAACCAAAAGAGAAAGAAAAUGGAAUUAGUUUAGGGGCCUUAAUUGUUGCUUCUUUAUAUUUUUCUUUUGUGUUGUUGAACAGACUUGUUUACACGGAUUAAAUGGAAUGAACGGGUUUCAGUUUCGGGGUUGAAAAAGGUUUACUGGUUUUGCCUGUGGGCAGGAGACGAAAUCUAUAUCAAAAACAAACAACGAAAUUCUAAGCUUCGGGUGUCCCGCACAAAGGUAAACAGAAAGGAAUCGAACAGACCUCUGGGGAUCGCUUCUUUCACUUGAAGCUCCGUGGCUCCUUUUGUGCAGGCCGGGUGUUGAUGUCCUCGACUUACCAUGGCAUCGAAGGGAAUUCGAUUAGAUUUAUGAAUGAAAAAUGGAAUGACAUGAUCCCAUCACAUUCGCAAGGCCUUCGGUAGUCACGUCGUUUCAAGAUGUCAAU